GGCUAAAUUAACAGAGUGUGACGGCUUUUUGGCACGAGUUUGUCCGUUCUCCAGUGAAAUGAUGCAAUUUCACUAGCCAACGAUAUUAGACUUUAACUCACUAUGCUUUACAGAACUGUCGUAUCGUCUGCCAUCAGAGCCACUGCUGCUCCUACACGCUUGAAUGCUCAGAGACAAACCGCGCGUGCUUAUUCAACCGACAAGCCUAAGUCUGGUGGAAACGGCCUCCUCUUUGCUGCUCUUGCUGGUCUUGGUGUAGCAGGUGGUAUUUACUACAACAGCUCUUCCACCACCUCUGUAAAGCCUGCUGCCGCCGCACCUGCUGCUACCGAACUUAAGGCCGCUUUCAGUCCCAAGGAGUUCAAGGCUUUCAAGCUUAAAGAGGUCCAAGACAUCAACCAUAAUACCAGCCUUUUCCGUUUCGACUUGCCUGAGGACUCCACCAGUGGUCUUCAUGUUGCUUCUUGCGUUAUCACCCGCUACCCCAUUACUAAGAAGGACGGCUCUCCCGGAUAUAUCAUCCGUCCAUACACUCCUACCUCAGAUGAGAAUGCUCAAGGAUAUGUUGACUUCAUUGUUAAGAAAUACCCCGAUGGCAAGAUGAGCAAGCACUUCCACAGCCUUAAGGUCGGUGACGAGCUUGAGAUUAAGGGACCUAUUCCCAAGUUGAUGUGGGAGGAGAACAAGUUCAACAACGUUGGCUUGAUUGCUGGCGGAACUGGUAUCACCCCCAUGCUUCAAAUCAUUCGCAAGGUCCUCAACCACAGCGAAGGACGCGACAAGACCAAGAUCACUCUUGUCUUUGCCAACCAAACUGAAGAGGACAUCUUGUUGAGAGAGGAACUUGAUAACUAUGUCAAGGCCCACCCUGAUCAGAUCAAGGUCCACUACUUGCUUGACCGUCCUUCCGACAAGUGGGCUGGCGGUAAGGGUUUCGUUACUAAGGAGAUUGUCCAGCAAUACAUGCCUGGACCUAACGAGCCCAACACGCUCGUCGCUGUAUGCGGACCUGACAAGAUGGUUGAGCUCAUCUCCGGCGCCAAGGCAAAGGAUAAGAGCCAAGGCGAGAUUGGUGGUAUUCUUAAGGAGUUGGGCUACACUUCUGAAAACGUCUUCAAAUUCUAGAUAUGCCGUUGCGUAUAAAUUAGACAUCUCUUUAUUGUACAAUAAAGGCGCGCGACCAAAUAUGGGUCCAAUGCGAUUUUUGCAAACAAGUUC